UUGAUUUGAUUAGUAAAGAAUACAUACGGGUAUCCAAAUUUUCGUUACUUUUACAGCUGUAAUGUUGAAUCGCCUAGAAAAUCGCCUCUUGUAAAUGCAGCUUAAGGGAAGACCCCUUUGGAAUUUCAGUUUACAGAAAAUAUCGAUGCAUCGACUAUUUAUACAUCGAGUAGAAAAAUUUCGAAGCAGAACAUCGAUAUUUUUUCAGCAAUCCAAAUCUAGAUUUGUUGGAAAUACUGCGGGUGUGUCGGAACUGUUCAAUUCUAAAAAGAAUAUGGAAUUCUUUGAAUUCGAGUAUAUAAAGGGAUUUCGGUCAAAUAGUAUGUUGCUAUACACCAAAGAUGAAAAACAAAUUUAUAAGAAAACGAAUUUUUACAACAACGGAACCAGAUAUGUGUGCUAUAGCGAAAACUGUGGUACAAGUGUUUUCGUUGAUGAAAAUGAAAGAUGCAGGAGAUUAAAGAAUUCACAAUCACAUAACCAUCCUACUCAAGAGAUUCUGAAGGAUAAAAUGGUCAUCAGUCAAAACAUUAAAGAGGCGUGUAAAAACGCGUCUUCAGAAAGAUGCUCAGCUCGAGCUAUUUUUGAUGAGGAGUGCCGGAAGGCAAAUAAUUCUGCUCAUUUAGUCAAAUACACGCAGAUGCAACGCAAUCUACGCCGAAUAAAGAAUAGGGUACCACCACAAAAGCCAUCUUCACCUGAAAUUGUAAACGAUAUGCUUUCGGAGGACCCCUUAGUAAUAAAGUGCGAAUUUACCGAAUAUGAAGUUAGUGAGCCAUCUUACCAAAGCACUAUUAUAAAACCUAAAAAAAAUAUGGAAUUCUUUAAUUUCGAGUAUAUAAAUGGAUUUAGGUCAAAUAGUAUGUUGGUAUACACCAAAGAUGAAAAACAAAUUUAUAGGAAAACGAAUAUUUACAACAAAGGAAGGAGAUAUGUAUGCUAUAUCAAAAGCUGUAGAGCGAGCGUUUUCAUUGAUGAAUAUGAAAUAUGCAAGAAAUUAAACGAUUCUCAAUCGCAUAACCAUCCUACGCAGGAGGUUCUCAAGGAUAAAAUGAUCAUCAGCCAAAACAUAAAAGAGGCUUGUAAAAGCGCGUCUUUAAAAAGAGGCUCUACCCGAGAAAUUUUUGACGAGGAGUGCCGGAAAGCAAAUGACUCGGCUCAUUUACUCCAAUUUAAGAAGAUGAGACGCAAUCUGUUCCGAUUAAAGAAUAGUGUGCUACCAAAAAAUCCUCUGUCACCUGAAAAUUUAAAAAAUAUGCUUUCGGAGGAGCCCAUAGUGGCAAAUUGUGAAUUUACCAAAUACGCACCUAGCGAUCCACUUUACCAAGACACCAUUGUAGAGUCUAAAAAGAAAAGAAAAUUUGUUGAAUUCGAGUAUAUAAAAGGAUUUCGGUCAAAUAGUAUGUUGGUAUAUACCAAAGAUGAAAAACAAAUUUAUAGGAAAAAGUGUUAUUAUAAAAAAGGAACAAGAUAUGUGUGCUAUAACAAAAAAUGCAGGAAGAGUGUUUUCAUUGAUAAAUAUGAUAGAUGCAAGAAAUUAAAUGAUCUGAGUUCGCAUAACCAUCCUACACAAGAGCUUCUCAAAGAUACAAUGCUAAUUCGCCAAAGCAUUAAAGAGGCGUGUAAAAACGCUUCCUUAGAAAGAUGCUCUACACGGGAUAUUUUUGACGAGGAGUGCCGGAAAGCAAAUAACUCAGCUAAUUUAAUCCAAUUCGGGAAGAUGCGACGCAAUCUAUGCCGAAUAAAGAAUAGUGUGCGACCAAAAAAUCCUUCGUCACCUGAAAAGUUAAAGAAUAUGCUUUCGGAAGAACCCUUUGUGACAAAUACCGAAUAUGAACUUGGAGGACCAUCUGACAAGGGCACCAUUACGGAGUCUAAAAAGAAUACAGAAUUCCUUGAAUUCGAGUAUAUAAAUGGAUUUCGGGCAAAUAGUAAAUUGGUAUAUACCAAAGAUGAAAAACAAAUUUACAAGAAAAAGUAUUCUUACAACAAAGGAACAAGAUAUGUGUGCUAUAACAAAAACUGUUGUGCGAGUGUUUCUAUUGAUCAAUAUGAAAGAUGCAAGAAAUUAAACGAUUCUCAUUCGCAUAAUCAUCCUACUCAAGAGCUUCUCAAAGAUAAAAUGACCAUCAGCAAAAAUAUUAAAGAGGCGUGUAAUAAUGCGUCCUCUGAAAGGUGGUCUACACGUAAUAUUUUUGAAGAGGAGUGCCGGAAAGCAAAUAACUCAGCUAAUUUAAUCCAAUUCGGGAAGAUGCGACGCAAUCUAUGCCGAAUUAAAAAUAGUGUGCGACCAAAAAAUCCUUCGUCACCUGAAAAGUUAAAAAAUAUGCUUUCGGAAGAACCCUUUGUGACAAAUACCGAAUAUGAACUUGGAGGACCAUCUGACAAGGGCACCAUUACGGAAUCUAAAAAGAAUACAGAAUUCUUCGAAUUUGAGUAUAUAAAUGGAUUUCGGGCAAAUAGUAAAUUGGUAUAUACCAAAGAUGAAAAACAAGUUUACAAGAAAAAGUAUUCUUACAACAAAGGAACAAGAUAUGUGUGCUAUAACAAAAACUGUUGUGCGAGUGUUUCUAUUGAUCAAUAUGAAAGAUGCAAGAAAUUAAACGAUUCUCAUUCGCAUAAUCAUCCUACUCAAGAGCUUCUCAAAGAUAAAAUGACCAUCAGCAAAAAUAUUAAAGAGGCGUGUAAGAAUGCGUCCUCGGAAAGGUGGUCUACACGUAAUAUUUUUGAAGAGGAGUGCAGGAAAGCAAAUAUCUCUGCUCAGUUAGUCCAAUUUGAGAAGAUGCGACGAAAUCUAAGCCUAAUAAAGAAUAGUGCACUACCAAAAAAUCCAUUGUCACCUGAAGAAUUAAAAAAUAUGUUUUCGGAGGAGGCAAUAAUGGCAAAGUAUGGAUUUUCCAAAUAUGAUCCUGGGGAGCGAUUUUACCAAGGCACCAUUAUAGAGUCGGAAUAUAGUUUUGCUAUAUUUAUGUCUCCUACAAUAAAAAAACUAAUCUUAGAAAAUAGUCAUAUAAGGAGAAGUUUUUACCUGGAUGGCACCUUCGGUGUAGCGCCAUCUUCAACAUUUGAGCAUCUGAUAAUAAUCCAUAUCGAAUAUUUGGAUCAUAUUUUCCCUUUCUUUUAUGUUAUGAUGACGAACAAAUCACAAGCUGCCUAUAUUCAUAUGUUACAAUACAUUAAUACAAAUUUGAUAGAUUUAAAUCCAGUUUCUUUCAUGACGGACUAUGAAGAAGAUUUAAGAAACGCUUUAAAAAGUGUCUUCCCUUUGGCUGAAUUAAGUGGAUGCUGGUUUCAUUAUUGCCAAGCAAUAAGGCAAAGUGCAAGAGAAAUUCCCAAUUUUAUUGUUGCUUUAAGAUGGAACAAUGCGCUUAGAAGACUCAUGAAGAAAUUUAUGGCCUUGCCGCUCCUCAAACCAGAUAUGAUAAACACCGCUCUUGGUUUACUCCAGGCAGAAGUAGACAAAAUGCCAAUGACAUCGACUUACUCUACUAUUAGUAACGAUUUUAUUGAGUAUGUUAAAAAAAAAUUGAUAGUAAAGGAGGGACCCGAAGGCAUUUCUGUCCACAAUGCAUCUAUAAGAACAACAAGUGCUAUUGAAGCGUACAAUUCAAAGCUAACUAUGAAAAUGUCGAAAAAUCAAAAUAUUUUUAAGUUCUUGAUUGUUUUGCUUGAAGAAGAUUUUAAGAAAAUUCCUAUGUUUAAAAGUGAGCUCGAUGGUACAUUUAAUGUACAUGAAAAACUAAGGCCCUGUCUUUAUAAAAAACGUUCCAAUUUAAUACGAAAAAUUGUUACAAGCGUUGAAAAUGAACAAAUUUCUAUAACUGAUUUCCUUAAUAAAAUGGCGAAUAAUCAAAUUAACUUGAUGGACGAGAUAUAUACAGGGCCCAUUUCUGAAAUUGAAAACUCAGAAAAUGAAACUGGAAACCUAGACAAUGAAACAGGAAACUCAGCCAGUGGAACUGAAAACUCAGAUCAUAAAAUUGAGAACUCAGACAAUGAAAGUGAAAACUCAGACAAUGAAGCUGAAAAUUCAGACAGUGAAACUGAAAACACAGACAAUGAAUGCGACGAUAAAGCGUAUGAAGCAUGUUUGGCAAAUCCAAUGCCUAGCAUCUUUUGCAUGGGCGAAGAAAAACCUGGUCUUAUACUCCCUUGUAAUCAUGUAAAGCUUUGCGAUCCAUGCUUUCAUGCUAUCAGCGAGAAAGCUAAAGCAGAAAAAUGCGCAUAUUGCAGUGCGAUUGUAAGCAACGCGUCAAAGGUUUCCAUAUAAUGUUAUAGUUUAAUUAAAUUUAGUAUAUCGAAAACAAAAACUCAAAUUACUUGAUUAUAGUUGUUUGUUCAUAUAUUUUUGAUACAUACUGAUGAAAUCACAUUUUUGAAUAAUUUAUCAUUUUAUUAAUUAUAUGGUACCUUUAUAUACACCCCGCGAUGGCACAUCAAUAUUUUUACCAGUUUUGACUACUUUUCUUUUGAUUUUUUUAAGGUUCCUUAUUUUUU